CAAAACGAAGAUUCAAAAUGGCGGGCGAAAUGGAACUUUGGAGGUGGGUCAAUUUUUAGAUAAAUCAGACGCAUAGGAAGCAAUCUUUCAGACAACAGCGCUGUCUUUUAAGUGUUUGUUAAUAUCUUUGGUAUUCUAGGAUAGCUGUUUUAAUAAUACGCGGUAUAACGUGUCUUAGUGUCUCGAAAAAUUUUCAUCUGACCGCUCUCGAUUUCACUUGCAUUGUGAUGAGUUUGCAAGUCUUCGUUUGUGUGGGAUUCCUACGAGCUAGAAAGGCGAUCUUUGAUAUUUUUAAGUCUUGAAUUUGCAACCAAGUUCUCGGCAUCUCAGAUUUUUCCACAUAAAUUUGAGUACAAUUUUAUGAUAGAUAUAGUGUAAGGAAGUACUGUAGCUGGUACAUUGGUCACUGUGACAUGGAAACAGAGUGGAUGUCGGGGGGCGGGGGGUUUCUCAACCAAUAUUUUGGUAUAGGUGAGCUGCUGAGGGUCUCAAACCAUGACCCUUUGUAGGACCAAAAAAUUCCUAAAAAUAUAUACCCUGUUCAGGACAAAACCCUUUAAUUUAUUACCUGUUUGGGACAGACUUGCACAGAAUUAUGUACCCCUUUUAGGACAGAGAGGAUCAAAACCAUGCCCUGUCCAGCGGCACAUCCCUGUAUAGGCCAUAUAAGGGAGUACUCCCUUGGGGGUGGAUGUAAGUGAUGAUGAAGCGGCAGACCUUCCAAUCCCUGAUAAAACAACUCUGGAGGAUCACGAAAAAAAAAAAAAAAAAAUCUGCACAUUCUACAAAAAGUAGUGAGAUUUAAGUUUCUCCCUGAUCAAGAUGAAAUGAUUCACCACAGGAGGAAUGAAGCUUUUAUUUCUGGACUGCAUUCUGAUACCACCAUCUCCCGUGACUCUAAAAGGUCAUCAUUAGGACAAAACUAAUAGCAAGGGGUCGUUUCUUCUGGAUAAGCUGACAUCAUGGCAAAAUGUAAGACAAAUUGCCAUCAAGGCCUAAACAGGCACUACAGGGUUCGCACACACCUUGAGAGUGCUUGAAGGUCCUUGAAAAAUGAAGUCAGUGCUAGAAAGUCCUUGAAUUUCAAUGUUAACUUUAUAGUUUAAAUAGAACUCCAAACGAAAAGGAGAAAACACAGAAAGACCUUCGAGAUAAAAUUACUCAUGUUGUGAAAGAGCUGAAAAAUACAUAGACUCAAGGCUCUUUUUUGCACUGUAUGGAGUCCUUGCAAAAUAGGAAAUGUUUCCUUGAAAGUCCUUAAAAAGUCCUUGGAUUUUUUGUUCAAAAAAGGGUACGAACCCUGGCACUAGCAUUCCCUCUGAAUUUCCAUUUUCAUUCAACAAGAUAUCAUUUAAUUAGAGAAUUAUUUUUCCCCAAAGACCAUGAGAUAGGAAGUCUUGUCAUGAGGCCAUGAGAAAAGAUAAAAAAUUGUGAGACUCAGGGCAGAAUUGUGAGAGUUGGUAGGUCUGGAGUGGGAAGAAUCAACUUGAGAGCUCGUUAGCUUCACCACAGAUUUUAUACUUAUAAUUGUUCAUGUGGCUUUUAUUUGUUUGUUGAUUUCUCAUUGUUAACUUGAGCACAUUCUAACUGCAGUAUGUAGUAUUUACAAUAAUUAUUGUUAGGAGCCAAUUACAAACAUCUUCUGCUAAGAUUUUACACCAUUUUGCUUGGUAAGAUUUCAUAAUUCCUCAUGAGAAAUUGAAGUUUAAGUCUAAAGCAUGUGUCUUUGAAAUGAUGUUUAUGAUCUGCUCUUAAUUCAUGCACAAAAUUAUUUUGUUUUUGAACAUGCCCUAUUUGCAAGGGUGACACUUGAUAGUUAACCCUGUCAUGAGACAGGAUUCCAGUCGCAGGAGACAUGAUCUCUCUCUCCAGAGAGGGUGGUAGCUGUAAGAUGUGAAAGAUACCAAGCUACAAAAUUUCAAACCAGCUAAAGUUAAAUAAUUUUCUAAUAUAAUCAAAGAAAUAUUAGACACAUCGGAAAUACGGUGCUUGACAAAGGGUGAAAAAAAUGCAGGAAGAGGAAAUGCACAAAGGGAGCCCAGGGAAAUCCCAUGGGAAAGAGGAGGGUGUGCUAAUCAGAAAACUGGAAUUACACCCUGAGAGCAGAGCUUGAAAAAAAACUUGAAUUCCACCUGAUCCUUUGGGAAAGCAGCUGUCAUGUUUUGCUUGCCCAGCUCAACUUCUUGCUUGUCUUAGCUAAUGAUUUAACCCUUUAAGUCCCAAGAGUGAUCAAGAUCAAUUUUCUCUUAACAAUGUCAAUACCUUAUCAAAAGAAAGGUUAUGAGAUUUAUAAAAUGAUCACCUCAGGGAAAAUACUUUGAUCUAUUAUCAAAUUCUCCCAACUAAUUCUUUAAGGAAAUGUAUGGAGAUCAGUUUGGAGAAUUUGUAAGUGAAUACCAGGGCUUAACCCUUUAAGCCCCAAUAUCCACAUACAAAUUCUCCAAACUGAUCUCUACACAUUUCCUUAAAGAAGGAGUUGAGAGAAUUUGAUAAAAGAUCAAAGUAUUUUCUCUUAGGUGAUCAUUUAAUUAAUUCUCAUAACCUCAUCUCAUGAUAAUGUACGGGUAUCGUUAGGAGAAAAUUGCUGUUUGUCACUAUUGGGACUUAAAGGGUUAAAGGAUUAUUUUGGAGGAUAAUAAUUGCCUGGACCCUUGCCCAUCGGGCAAGCGAGCUUUGACUGGGAUGACUGGCUGGGCCUUUCUUUUUGAGCCCUGUUGAGGAGACCAAUAUGGACAUGGCCCAUGCUUCCCUUGACCCCUAAAGAUACUGUUCUAAAACAGACAGCCAAAUAAGAGCUUUAGUUAUUUUGAUAGUAAUAAAGAAGCUGCCAUUGACCCGCUUCUUCUGCACACCCCUAAGAGAUACCCGUAUAUUGAAGCUUCUUCCUGGACUCUCUAUAAUUCAAUAAUGGUAAACAGCAGGCCCUAGAGUGAUAAUAGAAUGGCUGCAUCUGCACAAAGGCACCCCCUCCCCUUGGGGCUACACACAUGCUUUUGUAUGGGGUUACCCCCACCCCUGGAGUUAGACACCUGUGCCGGGAUGUUCGAAGCUGGGUUAAGAUAACCCUUUAAGAUAACCCUGGGUUAGUGCAAAAUUUGAACUCAGAUAUAAGAGCUUAAAAAACAAAUUCAGUUUAAUUCUCUUUGCCUACAAUUUGAUGAUUGGAUACUCUAGAAAGAAUACAGAAAAUUACCCGAGAUAGUGGUUUUGAUGAAAAGAAAAAGAAACCCGGGUUAAAAUUUAACCCUGGGUUAGCGCUUACUGGCGUUCAAACAACUGGGCCCUGCUCUUUGCUUCCCAUGAUAGUACAGGGGUUCAUGCAACAAUAACAACAACAACAACAACAACAAUUUUAUUAGAAUUUCCAUAUACGGAAAUGAUAUUGCUGUUAAAGUAUUACAAUUCAACAAAAUAAUAAUAAUAAUAAAAAACUAAACUGACAUAGAAAAUAGAAAAAAAGUGGAUUAAUAAAAUUGAAAAUUGCUUUUAUUUAAUGUAAUAAGUGUUUCUAAAGAGUAAUGAUUUGUAAACACAAUAACAUAAGUUAAACAUGAACAUAAGUUUUUUGUUUUACAAAUGAACAGAUUAACACUGUUAAAAACAACUAUAACUUUUUCAUGCUCAUAGUAGCCGGAGAAAGUCCCUGACACUGACCCUUAGUACCAGCCCUGACAAAUCCACAGAGGACUGUAAAUGAAAAUGUUAGAAGCAUUCAGCACAGUCUGUGAUCAGCAAGGUUCAUGAUAGUAUUACUCAAACUGUGCAUGGUUACUUUUAGGUUCAGUCAUGUGGAGGGUGUUGCAGACUUGUGUCUGGUUGAGUGUCCUGCACUUGCUUCUUCUCAUGGAGAGAAGUGCCUCCCAGGUUAGUGUCUUGACAAGAAAUAUGCUUAGUUUUUGCUCCAUUCCAGGGCUUGAAAUAAUUUUUGGAAUUGCACCAGUGAAUUUGUCCAGUCAAACAUAUUUUUGACGGGACAGAACAAAAUUUUGGCCAGAAAAAUAUUUAUUACAGCAUUCUGUAAGAGUUUGUGUUUCAGUAGUAUCUAAUCUCUCUCCUUUUUGACGGGACAGAACAAAAUUUUUGCCGGGAAAAUAUUUAUUACAGCAUUCUGUAAGAGUUUGUGUUUCAGUAGUAUCUAAUCUCUCUCCUUUUUAUUUUUCUUCUCUAUUGCCAAUAAUGUCCAACUUGUAUUUAAAACGUCUGAAGUUCUGAAUUAAAUUCUACUAUAAGAAGUUAAAACAUUACCUCAAGCAGAGGUUUCUCUCUUUCAUGGCUUUUAGCAUUUAUGAAGUCAUUUGGGUGGCUUUUCUGUCGCAUAGUUAGUUUGUUUACGCCCUGUGAGAAAGUUUCUCACAGGGUGUAAACAAACUAACCACUGCACACAACAGACAAGCCACACAAACGACCUCGUAAAUGCUAAAAACCAUGAAAGAGAGAAACCUCUGCUUGCGGUGUAGGUAAUCCAAGGAUUUGUCUGGAUAAAGCCUAUUUUUAACCAGACGUUGUCCAUUGAACAGCCAUUAUUUCAAGCCCUGCAUUCACACCACAGCUGCCCAUUACCCCUGUGUGGAGCAAUGUGCCUUGUCAUGAAUUAUGAAGCACUUGUUACCAUCCUUUCUAUUAUGCACUCAUUUUCAUUCAUUUCAUUUUUUUAUUGGUUAAUUCAUUUUUACAAUAAAUAAUAUUAUAUUAUUAUUUUCUCACUGCCCACAAAUAGCAAAGGCUAGUUUAGGUGGGCAGUGUCUAUAUAAAACAGAAUACGCACUCCAAAUGGUGUUAAAUUGACACGUCAACAAAAGUUAUUUAAGCUUAUAUAAAUUAUACGAAAAGUAAAGAACAGAAGAAAAGAUAUGUUAAAAACAAUGCUGAGAUUAACUGAAAUACGGAAUAUAUAUCAGAAGCUUACAAGUACACUAUUAAGAUGAUUGCCAAGAUAGUAAGUGGGUGAAUUACGGAUGAUUUUGAAUAUGUUCCAUUCAUAGUAUUACUAUGCUUUAGAUAAUGAUAAACCAUCAGUUAGUCACUGGAUAAUUAGCAAUUAAUGAAUGAGGCUGAGUAGGAUAUGAAGAUUAAGCAGAUCGAGGAGGGUGUUAUCCACCGAAGCUGAAGGCCGAGGUGGAUAACACCCUUCGAGAUCUGCUUAAUUGUUCAUAUCCUAUGAAAACCGAAUUUAUUAAUUGCUUUAUUAUUCAUUCGAAAAAAUUCUUAGUUUAAAAACAUAACUAAAACAUGCUUACCUGCAUCGAUGUUAAGUUCAUCUUGGAUAGUGUGCAUUUAGGUUUGUCCAGCUCCGCAAAUAUUCUCCAAAUAGCAGAUGUUGUUGUUGUCUUCUUUCAAUUUUUUGCUAUGUUUUUUGCUAUUAUUACGCCUAGUUGCGGCUGUGGUUUUUACUCUUGAAAUGAGUGAAGUGUCCACCAUUUUUAUUUUCACAACCAAAACAACUCAGUCUCAUUCCCACGGUGCCUUAACCUGUAAGAAUGCUGCAUUUUUGAAGUCAUUUCCUCAUUAAAGUCAAAAUUGUUCCAAAUUUGGUCAUCAGUAACUGGUUAUGGUGAAUUAUGCGUGUGCUUUUAGCCAAUCAGAAUUGGGGAAAUAUUUUGAAUGAAUAAUAAUAGUACUUAAACUGGGAGGUGAAAAAACAAAAAAAAUAUUUGAACUCCCAUUAAUAAAGCAGCCACCCUCGGGGACUGGCAAGUAUCUGCCUAAAGGAAGGUGGCUCACUCAUUAGAGGUUUGUUGUGAAUUAGCAUACUGUAACCUUUGGCAGAAACAUCAGUUUAUUUUAUAAGAAGCGUGCAAUGGGGGAAGCAUUGCUGGUCCAAAAUAAUUAGUCAUCAACUCCUAUUUCAGAGUAUAUUUUCCAUCUUCUGUAUUUUCCUUCAUCAAAGUCCCAAUAUAAUAUUAUUGUAGGAAAAAGUUGUAAAUUAAACCUUUAUUAAGCGGCCGUCUCCUUCAAUUAGCUGUGGCCACUGAUUGGCCAUCCUGACUAGAAUUGCCUAUUGUUGUGACUUAUCACCUCUAUAUGAAGCCACAAUGGAAAGGGAUGAGCAGUUUUACUGUUUAUGAAGAUCUGUUACUUCAAACAAACGAAGCAAGUAGACAACAAUGCACAUUUGAAAACUUUUAGAUGAAGUUGUGCCAUAGAAAUGAAUAAUAUAUUUGACUGUUGUUGACACCUCUAAUAUGAAGCCUCCACGGUAGAGAAGAGAGGGGCGGGGGGGGGAGGUGGUGCUUGAUGACUUUCUUUCUCUUAAAGGAGGGAGUUUAUCAGAGAUAGGCAGAUUUUAAUCUGCUACAUCAGAGGAUCAAAGCUAAUAAACAACAAAACAGCUUAACUCUCCGUUCUUUGGUACCUUUUUUAUUCAUUAACUUAACUUUAACUUUUAAUCAAUCCACACCUGCAUGCUCACAUACAUGUUUACCUCUCUCUGUUUUUAGGCUCCACCAACCAGCGCUUCUUGCAGGGCAACUUACAAUUUAAGUUCGUUAGUCAACGUAACGGUUGCCACUCGCCAGCAGGGCGCAGAAGGUGGGGACAGGCCGCUGACCAUUUUACGCAUACUUGAAACCACGUUGAUGACUGGUUCAAGACAAGAUACAGCGAAUCGCUUGAACAUCGCCGUCGGAUGUCUGGACUAUUUGGAACUAUCCUUACCUGAAGUUUCUCUUUUCCUGCUGAAUAUGUCAGACUAUCGUGAGAUCACCUUUGAUGAAGCUUUCCGUGGCGUGUUUGUCUCAGAAGUUGAGUCAGUUUUACGCAAAAUUGUCGCGUUGAGAAAUUUUUCUCAAAGUGUUCAGCUAGUGGGUAAUGAAACAUUACAUCAGAUUGCUCUUACCAAUAACAGAAGUGUCGAGACCGAAUCCAUUUUAGACAUCCUAAUUCAACCGUUUAACGUCACUGUAAGGCGGCUUUCCUUAUUUUUGGAAAUCAAUGUCUCGUCGUUCGAUCUUCUCGACCGAAGCACAAAAGAACUGGCAGCAAUACUAGCUGUGGAAAAUCCGGACGACCUCAAAAACUACUCAUUGCUUCAUUUGGCGAAGAUCUCAAUACUCGGCAACGAUUUCCUCACUAGUUUACAGGUCACGAUUCGAAGCGUUCGAGCCUCGCUUCAUCUCAACUGGACUGAGCUCGUCCGAGGCGAUCUUGAGAAUGUGACUUCAGUAUUGGAGCUUGUACUAGUGAAGGUUCCCAGACGAGUGCUUUAUCUGAAGUCCUUUAUUAUAGGGCCCGCGGGAUACGACUUGAACUUGUUAAACGUCACCUUGCAGGAAAUAGCGCUGCAAACCAACAUUUCGGUUGUUGAACUACAAUCGUAUAAAGUGUACCCAACAUUGGUGGAAUUAAUUUUCAAGACGAACUCCAAGAUCAUGGAAAUCAAUGGAGAAACCAAAAAGGAGGUCGAGGAGGCUGUUACAAAGAUUCUUGAAGCUUACAAUGUCACAAUUCUGCAGCUAAGCAAAGCAUUUAGUUUAACUGUGGUUUACAUCAGACGGUUGAGCCCACUGAAAAUCGAGGUACUCUGCGCUAGGUUUACUUUAAUACGUUAUGUAAGCAACCUCAAUUUGACAAUUUCCGAGGCUGCGGUCCGAGUGAACAGAACGGACGCUGAGCUUACUUACAACCUGACUGUUAGCGAUUUCCACGUAGUGAUUCGUAGACUAGUGGUGUUUCACGCCUUUGAAGUCAUGAGUCAAAUGCUUGGAGUCAGCCAACAGUUCCUGAUCAAUUCACUUCAAAUCAAUGUCCCGAUCUCCACCUUGACCAUGUGCCAGCUGGAUGGAUUCCUCAACACCACUAGACACACCGUUUUGAGCUUACGUGAAGUGAUAUCCACUUUAAUACGUUAUGUAAGCAACCUCAAUUUGACAAUUUCCGAGGCUGCGGUCCGAGUGAACAGAACGGACGCUGAGCUUACUUACAACCUGACUGUUAGCGAUUUCCACGUAGUGAUUCGCAGACUAGUGGUGUUUCACGCCUUUGAAGUCAUGAGUCAAAUGCUUGGAGUCAGCCAACAGUUCCUGAUCAAUUCACUUCAGAUCAAUGUCCCGAUCUCCACCUUGACCAUGUGCCAGCUGGAUGGAUUCCUCAACACCACUAGACACACCGUUUUGAGCUUACGUGAAGUGAUAUCCACAAAGUCUCUGGCGUUUGUGACCCAGAUGAAUGGCUUUUCCAUCACGUUCGUUCGCAAGCUGACUAUUUACCAGUUCAUUACCCAAGUCAUGCACUUAAGUGUUGAUGAUUUUUUCACCCUCAGUGGCAUUACCUCCGGUCGUACUAAUCGUUUGCAAAUCCUUAUCAGGUAUAAUUUCUUUUUUCUGGGACGUUUGUUCAAGAUACAUGGAGAUAUCCCAAACUACCCUUUUGCCAUCUUCCGUUUCUCUUGUCGAUGGAUUGUCCACAGGAUUAUUUUCCUCGUGGAGAGAGGUGAGUAAGUUACUCUUUAGAAUUUCUCAAAGUCCUUCGCUUCUGGUUUCCGGUUCCGGUAGUAGUCCCCAGCGUGCUUUGCCACCAAAACAUGAAAAAUUUCUAGCGCGCACGCUUUGCGCUCGAGAAAAAUUUUGAGCCCGACUUGUGGGCCAGUCUAGUUACUCUUCAAAUUUAACAUAUGAAGACGGAAUCCAUUAGGAAAUUGAGUAAUUUUAAUUUUCAGUGAACAAAAACCAUAAAAACCAUGUAACAGAAUAAUUUCAAUCAAACUAAAUUCUUUUUUUUUGUACUUUUCAAAGGGCUAUAAAUGUAAUAAGUUAUAGCGGGGCUCCCGCGCGCGCGAAGCGCGCGUGGGACAGAGCCCCAUACUCAUGGAAUAUGGUCAACCUCUUUUCAUUUGGUUGUCACGUGAUUGACCGAGCGUACGUACGUACGUACGUACGUACGUACAUACGUACGUACGCGUCUACAGAUUGUACGGGUGGGGUAGGGGAGACUAUCAAAAGGAAGGGAGGGGUGUCUCAGGCGUGUCUUGGCAAGUCCACAUCUUUAAUAUAGGAUUUUAGGACAUUCACAAUAUGGUCAAUUGACAGCUGUCAAAACAGGAUAGCCACUGACCAGUAUCCCAUGACCAUAUCGCGGGCUUAUGUGUCAAGACAUCGAGGUGACGUGAUUUAUUUGGAAGCUGUCCGCUGACCAGUUAAUUGUUUUACUAGAUCGCGAACAAUGUUCAAUCUCAUAUUUUUACUAGUUAAACUGAUAAUGCACAGAUAUUUGACAUCAAUGUUUUGAUCAAUUGACAGCUGUCAAAACAGGGUACCCGCUGACCAGUAUCACUUGACCGUAUCGCUGGCUCAGGUGUCGACCCAUCGAGGUCAAGUAUUUUUUUGAAGUUAUCCGCUGACAAGUUACUAGUUUUCAAGUGAUCGCAGGCUCAAAUUCAAGUUUUUCUAAAUUCAUAUGAAAUAUGUUGUGUUUAUGUGCUACACAAUUAAAAUUUUGAUUGCAAACUGACCUCGGACGCGAAAAUUCAGCCAUCUGUUACAGGCAGGGAAGACAGUUGCUUUUGACUUUUCUCACCAUGGUCACGCGUUGGUCACGCUCUACGUCCAGUUUUUAUGCUCUGAUUGGUCAAAAUUGGACAGGUGAGUUCAUGCGGAAAAUUUAUGCAGCAUCUUGAAUCUUGUUUACUUUGACAGCUGAAGCUGACAGAGUUUUGUGUCAACUUGUGAUGUUUUUAACUGUCUUUUUCCACUGAAUGUGCAAAAUGAAAUUCAGCUGCUAUCAGGAGUCCUCUGUUAUUCAUGGCGAGUUUGUUUAUUGGGUUUUUGGUUGAGGAAUACGUCGCUUGUCAAAGUCGGAAAUCCGAUUUCGGAUGGCAUCGUUUUCGUUUUCACCUUGCUUGAUGUGUAAGAGGACUGCAAAGUCAGAAGCGAUACUGGCUUUUCUUAAUACCUUUCAGGAGCUGCAUCUCGAAUGGUAAGCCAGAGAAAUUAUUGUAUUUGAUGUUUGUUUUUUUGGAUCUAAUUUAAUGAAGUCGAGCGGAGUUUAUGCGGUCAUUUAGUUUAUGCACGUUUGUAAGAUUUGAGACAAUGAUCUGACCGAGUAUCAGGUUUGAUAUGAGCUUACAGAACUUUAAAAAGCCUUUAGACAGUUUCUCACCGCAAAUAGAAAGAAAACGUUCCAAAGAAUAUUUAGUUAUAAUUCUGGCCGGAAAAGAAAGCUUUGAGCGAUUUUCUUGCCUCGAGUUCGUCUUUGAAAAAAGCAAACACCGGGAAGCCGGCUUAAAACAUAAACUUAAGCUUGAAGCUUGAAGACUCAGGAUUUUUAGGGAUACUUUAAUACUUGUCUUCUUGAAUGAAAAUUGUUGUUUCUGUAUAUGUUUCACCGAAUUAUAUUUCUUUUAUUGAUUGUUAGUAGUCUCUCUUGUAAUUUUAAUCGCUGUGCCGAUUGUUUUCAGUCGUUCAGUGAACAUCGCUUGCAGGAGUACUCAAAAUGCCGCGCGUUAAUAAACCAUUAAAUAAAAAAUAAACAGAAUAAAUUCUUUAUAAUGGUGGAGCGUAACUCUGUUAAUGUUCAUUCAAACACUCGCCAUAGCUCGCACUACAAAAGUGAGAACCGGAUGGCCGUAUAGGUGAUUUUGGAAAUUUUUUUCACGGUUUACGAAUAUUGAAUGAGUGCAAUUUGUAUUGUGAAAUACUGCUUUCUUUCCGAGGUCUGCCGGUAUGAUAAAAACAGUGCCUCAUACUACUGUUUCACCUCAGAUGUGAUGUAUAAAUGGUAUAAAAGGUUGGUUUACACGCACCCAGAUUUGUUGACAAGAUUUUGCAAAGUAAACUUGUCGAACGCAAAAAAGUUGGCCUGAUUUUUUUCCACUAAUUACGGUGAUCAAGAGCCAUUAUGGCUCUUAAAUGUGAUCGUUUUGGGGUGUACAUAUGAGGCUAUCAACUCGAUGUAAGAUUUGGUUCACUCUUGGGCUGUUUGCAAAUUAUUUUUCUCUAAAAUCAGGUAGCCUUUCCCUCAAAAGUCACAUAAAUGUGCUCUAAAGUUAACUGAAUUGUGGAAUUCGAAUACAAAUUUAUUGUUUAAUUUAAAUUAUAAAUUUAUUAAUGGGAGCCUCGCUUUUAGCCCUGGCUAAAUCUAUAUAUUAUAAAAAACUCCUAAGUAAGGGUUCUUAUGGGAGCCCUAGAAAACGAGCUUCAAAAGCUUCAAAUUUCAUUCGAUUUUACCAGUGUUUUCUCAAUUCCUGUGAAAUUUGAAAUUUAUUUUCUCGGGCUUCCAUAAGAACCUUUUCUUUGAAGUUAAGUUAUUUUAUUUAUAGGGCUUAAAAAGUGUGAAAAAGAAUGCGAUAUGAUUUAAAAUAUUGUGGUACAAGGUUUUUGUCCACUGAAAAUUUCUCAAUUUCCUGAUGGAUUCCGUCUGAAUCUCUAUAUUUUGAAUGUUUUUUUUUUUGUUUGUUUGUUUUCAUUUUCUCUUAGGACCACUGGUUUUAUUUUAUAGAAAUAUUUUAAGUGCUACCCUUAAUAACGGCAACUUCGUACUUAGGGCGUGUGCGAUGGACUGUAUUUCGUAAUAAAAAAACAUGGAAUAAAUUGUAGAAAUCAUUUUUUUAGGUAGUCUUUGCUUUUCAAUAUCGAAACAUCUUUUGUAAUAAGCUAUUAUAUAAGACGUAAAUUAUAUGGAAUAGAUGUUAUAUAAGGCCCGGUUCAGACGCCGAACUUUUCAUGGACGCUGAUCAUAAUUUCAGCUGAACAUAAUUCAAAAGGAGAAAAAUCCUUAUUUCGAUCAAGCUGCUUGCAAAAUACGUUGUAAAAAUUUAUGCAUUAGGUAUGGGACAUGAAACGUUCGGCGUCUGAAUCAAAGCCGUUCCAAAGUCGCUCCAAAGCCGAAAUCUCCGGCCGGGCUAGGCGGGAAGAACUGCUGAGCCGUUCCAAAUUGAAACAGGCGUUCCUAAUUGAUUCAGACGCUGAACUUUUCAUGUCGCUAAUUCAAUGUAUUACAUGUAGGUUCGGCUCAUGAAAAGUUCGGCGUCUGACGCGGGCCUGAGAUAUUUGAGUGGCGGAUUUCGGAAUACGAUCAAUCGAACGCACACUUCCUUUCGAGCUCACCUCUAUCCAACAUGACACAUCGUGCUGUGUUUUCCUCGUUUCUCUAUCAUAUCUAUAGACGUUGACGAGUGCCAACGUGGAACAGACAGGUGCCACCGCCUUUCCCGGUGUAUCAACCUCCCAGGGACAUAUGAAUGUAUCUGCCCGCCCGCUGGAUAUGCCGGAAGGUAUUGUGAAGGUGAGUAGACUUCCAAUCCCUAGCGUCGGCUAACUUGGGUUAGGGGCGUAGUUCGCCCCCGUGUCCAAACCUGGGAUGCAUGUUCAGCUGAUUUAGAAUAGAAAAAUUGCAUAGCCUCAAAUCACAACCCAUAUUUUAUAAAGCUUCUCAAACGGAAUGGCACAAACCAUUUGAUUUUCCCAUGUAAAUGGUAAGCACUCCUGUAAAUACCUUUGUCUUCUAACGGCCUAUCACAAGCAUCUUUUAGAAGACACUCCCUUCACAACUCAAUAAAUACAGUACCACAUGUGCAGAGUAAAACAAUAUGUUUUUCGUCUCUCACCUAUAGAAUAUCUCACCUUUACAAUUAACUGUAUACUGACAUCCUCAAGAACGGAAUAUACUAGAGAAAUUAAAAUGGGGUAGAAAAAUACGUUGCCUUCCAAUCCCUGGUACCUCAGAGAACGGGACAGGGGUCAGGGCAAGAAACUCCCGGGAGAGCUACAAUAUCUUUGUUUCCUUACGGAUAGAGCGAUUUUCGUAUGACCUUGAAAUGACUACGCGCGAACAAAACAGCAACAACAAACGAAAGGAAAUAGAGCGAUUUGAUUGUUUUAUUGAACGGACACUAACGUGCGUGGCUUCUGGUUGGUUAAGCGAACGCUCGGGUGAAAAAACUUCAUGCCCGAAGAACUUUCUAGAAAUAAAUCGAUACUUCGCUUUGACGUCAAACUGCAACACGACUGGCCAAUCGAACAAUGCCUUCUCCAUACUGAGGUUUUCUUUGGCGGGAAAACGAAGAGUCCAUGUUUUGAUCUUUUCAUCCAUUGGCUGAUAAAACAAAUAACGAACACGUACCGAAACCAUUUUUCAAGGUCAUACGAAAAUCGUUCUAAUAGUGGAGGUCUGUGAAGAAAAAUCUGUUGACUUCCUAUCCGAAGUACUCUCUGCAUAGAAUGUACAUGUAUCAAAGGAUAGAGUAUGAAAUUGCCCCAUUGAUCUACAAGUAUCUCUGUCUUGUAACAAUAUAAUGGGAACUUUUUUAAGGCAUAUUGCCUUCCAAUCCCAGGGGCACCAGGCUCCCUUACAUUGCACCUAUAAUUUUCUGUAAAAAUGGAGUAUGAGGUGAAGUGUCUGCAUAACCAAAGUUAAAGUCGAACUAUCUUAAUAAUAGAUUGCUUUAGAUUCUGAGACGGGGUCGACUACGAGUACGAGAUUUUCUCAACAGAUCGUUUUCACUGUCACGCAACAAAAAAAUAAAUUGGAAACCGUCCAGUGGAAGAAGCCGAGAAAAUGACAUGUUACAAAAGACUAACAUAUAAACAAUUUGUCCAAGUCUCAGGUCUUUGUGGCCCACAGUUUCUGAGUUAUUUGCCGAAACGUUUCACGCACCCUUGUAGAGCUUUGUAUGGAGACGCCAUAUUGGUGUACCGUUUUGGUCCACCAAUAUGGCCGCCGGAAAUCAACAAAACAUCUGGAGUUCACUUUUUCUAUAAAAGCUCGAGAACCAGCCUACGUGCUCAUAAACAUAUCUUGUAAUACUUGAAAUGGUUAUACUGCUGAAAAUCAAGGGGAGAGACUUUUUUCAACGAGACAGCAUUCCUGUUUUGGUAUCACGCACUGUGAAAACUCGGAAGUUCGUAUUGCUGUAUUUUCGAAAUGAAACAUGCUACGGGAAUGGAAACUUGAACAAAGAUUUAUUUUUUGUUUAUCUUCAACCUAGUCUAAAUACGAAUUCGUAAAACCUCGCUGUUUUGACUUAACAGUUUGAUGACGUCACUGUGAAAACCAUCUAUACUUAGUAGUGCUCACGCGUGAACCAGCGUCUUUUUGCGGGAAAAUGUGAUAGCUGUCGUCAUUCUACUACGAGUUUUAGCGAGAAUAUCGUAGUGGCGGGAACAAGUUAUCAAAUGUAAGAAGUUUUAUCAUUUUGUUAUUGGGAGAGGGCUUAACCUCCUUCAGUGUAAAUAACCGUACGAACUUUUUUGCUGAAAAAAAGUAAAAUGAAGCUUUCCGAAGUGUCUUUUUUUUAGAAAAGGCGCAAAAACGUUAGGUGAAAUCUCGUACUCGUACUCGUUCUCGUCUUCAAAUCUAAAGCUCUCUAAUAACAUUAAAUGAAAAGAGCCAAGUGUCCAUAUAGUAUAGAGGCGUCUAUAUGGUGGAGGUUGUAUGUCUGGGUUGUAUAAAAACACAUACAGGGACCAUAACCGAGAGCGAGCAACUUUUUGUAUUACAAUAGGUGUUUCAAUAUGGUCAAUUUUUGGAUCUGCGCGUGACGUCAUUACGACGUCACAUUGACUUUUCUAUAUGUGCCAAUUAUGACUUAAACCUGUACUAGAAAAGUUGGUGGUAGGGUUUUUAGUCUACUAAAUUUCAAAUUUUAACUUCAGAAGAUUCUCUGUGACAUGUGUUCGAAACCAUUCAUGCAUCAUAAGGGAAGUUUUGAAUGGUCUUACCAUAAGGACACGUUGUUAAUUUGCAGAUAUAAACGAAUGCCAAGAGGGAAUCUUCAUGUGCCCAAAAGACUCCUACUGCUUUAAUACCCCAGGCUCAUAUCGCUGCGUGUGCAACCAAGGAUUUCGUCAUAACGUGGAAAAUAACACGUGCGACGGUGAGUAGACAGGAAACAUUCGUUUUUCCAUCAGAGAUCGAUAGGAUGGUGAGCUGGUAUAAGAUUGUAGGAUAAGAUCAAAAGCCCAUCACACAAUGAAGUGGAAACGAAAUGCUGUGCAAUGCGUGGGUCAUUGAUUGAUUUGCGUGGGUCGGUGUUGUGAACCUGUGAUUUUUUUCAUAGACAAGUAAAUU